AUGAAUUUGGCCGAUAAUGGCUUAGUGGCGAAAAUUCCUGCCGAACUAGGCUCUUUAAAGAAGCUUGUGACACUUUUCCUUGGUCCUAACAACCUCACGGGAAAGAUCCCACAUUCUGUUGGAAACCUUUCGUCCCUCCAAUGUUUCUAUGUAUCAUAUAAUCAUAUUGAAGGAAAUAUUCCGAAUGAAUUGGGACAAAUAACAAGCUUAACUGUGCUCACGAUGGGACCUAAUAAUCUGGUUGGUUCAAUUCCUUCUAACCUCUACAAUAUGUCAUCCAUCACUGUGCUAUCUGUUUCACAGAAUCAAUUGCUUGGGAAGCUUCCAGCAAAUAUAGGACUCACUCUUCCUAACCUGCAAAUUUUUGGAAUCGGCAUGAACCAAUUCAGUGGAAGUAUUCCACUUUCAAUGACGAAUGCUUCUCAUCUUGAAAUAGUUGACAUCUCUGCCAACAGUUUCGCAGGACAAGUCCCAAUCAAUCUAGGAGAUUUGAAAGGUCUUCAACGGCUGAACUUGGAACUCAAUUUUCUGGGCAAUAAUUCAAGUAAGGAUUUGGCUUUCAUAACAUCUUUGUCAAACUGCAGCAAUCUCCAAGCUCUAUCUCUUGCUGAUAACAAUUUUGGCGAUGUAUUACCUAGCACUAUAGUUAAUAUUUCUACCCUUGGUGAUCUAAGUUUAGGAAGAAACCAAAUAUCCGGUAGAAUUCCGGCAGACAUUGGCAAUCUUGUCAAUUUGCAUAUAUUAGGAGCUGAUGCAAACCUAUUUUCUGGCAGCAUUCCCAUUUCUUUUGGGAAGCUUCAAAAGCUGCAAGCAUUGUAUUUGCAUAGAAACAUGUUAUCAGGACACAUCCCUCAAUCCUUAGGUCCGUUACCCACAGAAGUUGGCCAACUGAAAAAUGUUGGUGCAUUAGAUGUCUCAGAGAACAAAUUAUCUGGGGAAAUUCUUUGGAAAAUAGGCCAAUGUUUGAGUCUAGAAAUCCUUUACAUACAGGGUAACUUUCUCCAGGGACCCAUUCCUUUAUCCCUUGCUUCCUUACGUGGUAUCCAAUACUUAGACCUGUCAUGA